CAACCAUCCCAAUCCCAAAGAUUUCAAUUGCCGACGUGGCAACAAACAAAAUUGGGAGCGAGAAACAGACAAUCUCUCCGAAAUCAGACAGCAGAGCGAGGGAGAGGCGCAGGUUAACAACCCUCAAGGUUCUGCAAAUUCGCGUUGAAAAUCACGGACAUUGACGACCUCAGAGACAGCGGAAUCUCUCCGAAUCAAAGCGCUUGGCUCUCCAAUUUUUUUGGAACUCGGCGAGCCCAAAUUCUUCGAAAAUGGUUAACAUUUGGCAAAUUUAUCGGAAUUUUUCGCAAUGGAGGUAAACUCAAUCGCCAUUGCUUUAAUUCGCGCCCGUCUGGAUUUAAAUAGAUGUUUGAUGUCGAAAAUGUGCGAAAACCGAAGAGUUUCAAAAAUUCGAAGGUGUUUGUGAUUUUGUUUAGGGUUUGUUUCGUAUUCUGGAUAGUGGUUUGAGCUAUUUCAGAGCUCAGAUUGAUCAUAGAGGCUCUGCAUUGUGGUUUGGUUCUGUGAUUACUGUGGAUUUAUAGGGCUUUAGGCAGAGUUCACGAGCUGGAAUUUCUGGUUUUGGGGGGCCAGUUUUUGGUUAUGGGGUAGAUGAGGGACUUGUUUUCUUUUUUCACAAUCUUAGCACGUAUUUGAGUACCUUGCUUGUACAUGGGCCGAAGUUGGAGAGCGGCGUAUGGUGUUCGAUAUAUUUGGAGCAGUUGUUCAAAUGGGCAUUGGGUCUGUAGCUCGGCAGCACCUGGCAUUGCAACUUGAAUGGCUGAUUUACAGAGAGGUGGUCUCACCGAGAGGGACGGCGAGCAGGCCAUUGCAUCACUUAAGAAAGGGGCAUAUCUACUAAAGUAUGGACGCAGAGGAAAGCCAAAGUUCUGCCCAUUCCGGCUUUCUAAUGAUGAGUCUAUAUUGAUAUGGUACUCUGGCAAACAAGAGAAACAGCUUAAACUAAGUCAUGUUUCAAGGAUUAUUCCUGGACAGCGCACUGCAAUUUUUCAGCGGUAUCCUCAGCCUGAAAAGGAAUAUCAAUCGUUUUCACUUAUAUAUAAUGAUAGGUCCUUGGAUUUGAUAUGUAAAGACAAGGACGAAGCUGAAGUUUGGUUUGUUGGUCUUAAGGCACUGAUUGCUCGAGGCAACUACCCCAAGUGGAGGAAUGAAUCAAGAAGUGACAGUGUAGCAUCAGAUAGUCCACAUCAUUCUCGUACACGAAGAAGUUCUCCAUCUAUUGCACCAUUUGAUCCAGGAGAUACUGAAGGGGUUCCUUUAGAGAAUAUUCCACAGACUAGACUGGGAAAGGCAUUUAGUGACAUAAUAUCAUAUACUGCAGCUGCUAAGAGUUCCCGUCAAGAUGAAUCAGUUGCCACUUCUACAUUAUCAUCUGCAUCAGUAGAAAACUCAAAUGGUCAAAGUUUAGCAGAGACAUUUCGAGUUAGUUUAUCUAGUGCCGUGAGCUCAUCAAGCCAUGGAUCUGGUCAUGAUGAUUUUGAAGCCUUAGGUGAUGUCUUCAUUUGGGGAGAAGGUAUUGGUGAUGGAAUGUUGGGUGGUGGCAUGCAUAGAAUUGGGAGCUCAUAUGGUUCCAAGAUGGAUGCCCUUCUCCCGAAGGCAUUGGUAUCAAAAGUGGUUCUAGAUGUUCAUAAUAUUGCUUGUGGUGGCAGGCAUGCUGUGCUAGUCACAAAACAAGGGGAGAUAUUUAGUUGGGGAGAGGAGUCAGGAGGCAGGCUUGGGCAUGGCGUAGAAGCUGAUGUUUCCCACCCAAAGCUCAUCGACACUCUUAGUGGCAUGAACAUUGAAUUUGUAGCAUGUGGGGAGUUUCACACUUGUGCUGUUACACUUUCGGGAGAUCUUUAUACAUGGGGUGAUGGUACUCACAACUUUGGUCUGCUUGGGCAUGGAAGUGAAGUUAGUCAUUGGAUUCCUAAAAAGGUAAGUGGUGUCAUGGAGGGUGUACAUGUAUCAUAUAUCUCUUGUGGACCUUGGCAUACUGCUGUUGUGACAUCAGCUGGGCAGUUGUUUACAUUUGGGGAUGGAUCUUUUGGCGCCCUAGGCCAUGGAGAUCAUAGAGGCACGAGUAUUCCUCGGGAAGUGGAAACUUUGAAAGGACAGCGAACUACGACGGUUGCUUGUGGUGUUUGGCACACUGCUGCUGUUGUUGAAUUGAUGAAUGAAUUAUCUGUUUCUGGAUCUUCUGGUUGCUCUUCAACUGGAAAGCUGUUUACCUGGGGGGAUGGAGAUAAAGGUCAACUUGGACAUGGUGAUAAAGAGCCUAGACUAGUUCCUGAGUGUGUAGCUGCAUUAGUUAAUGAAAGUAUUUGUCAAGUAGCCUGUGGUCACAAUCUCACAGUUGCUCUGACAACCUCAGGACAAGUAUAUACAAUGGGGAGUACUGCAUAUGGACAACUGGGCAGUCCUGUAGCUGAUGGAAAAGUUCCCAGUCGCAUAGAGGGUAAAAUUGCUGACAGUUUUAUAGAUGAGAUUGCCUGUGGUUCAUAUCAUGUUGCAGUUCUGACUUCCAAAACAGAGGUUUAUACUUGGGGAAAGGGUUCAAAUGGGCAAUUAGGCCAUGGAGACUAUGAUCAUAGAAAUACACCUACACUUGUCAAUUUUUUAAAAGACAAGCAAGUAAAGAGUGUAGCGUGUGGUUCAAACUUUACAGCUGCUAUAUGUAUGCAUAAAUGGGUAUCUAGUGCUGACCACUCUGCAUGCUCUGGUUGUCAUAAUCCUUUUGGUUUCAGAAGAAAACGUCACAAUUGUUACAAUUGUGGACUAGUCUUUUGCAAAGCAUGCAGUAGCAGGAAAUCUUUGAAAGCUUCUUUAGCUCCAAAUGUGAACAAGCCAUAUCGGGUGUGUGAUGAUUGUUUUACAAGACUAAAGAAGGUCAUGGAUUCUAGUUCUAUUCCUCGAAUUCCUAAAGUAAAAAAUGGAAAUAUGCAACCUAAAUCCAAUGAGGUGGCGGAUAAAGAAAGUCAAGGUCCAAAACUACAGACAACAUUCUCAAGAUUGUCAUCUUUUGGUUCACUCAAUCAGGUUGAAAGCAGGAAUUCAAAGCCUGACAUGAAAAUGGAAUUGCAUGAUUCCCGUGUGUUUACUGCUCUGAGUGGAAAUUUUCAGUUUGGGAGCUUUUAUUCUUCAAAAGUAUCAGCUUCUCUUGCUGGAACUUCGAAGAAAGUUUCAUCAGUUUCCCUUCCUGGUUCCAGGAUGGCUUCUCAGUCAACUUCUCCUGCUUCAGAAAAGUCAAGCCCAGCUCGGUUUUCUGAAGAAAUUCUGGAUUAUACAAAGAAUAAAAAUGAAAGUUUAAGUCAAGAAAUCGUAAAUUUAAGGGCCCAGGUGGAAGACCUUACUAGGAAAUCCCAACAUCUUGAAGCUGAACUUGGAAGAACAUCAAAGCAGUUGGAGGAGGUCACUGCCAUUGCAGCAGAUGAAGCUGAAAAAUGCAAAUCUGCGAAGGAAGUUAUCAAGUCUCUUACUGCUCAGUUGAAGGAAAUGGCUGAAAGGCUGCCUGAAGGACAUAGAUCUAAUGGUGGCUCUAUUGCUGGAAAUGCCUCUAAUAUUCUAACCCAGCUCUCCAAUGAGAACUAUACAGCAGAGACCGAGUCCGCUGGACAUGCAUCGAACCAAAAUUUACCUAAUGGAACCAAGCCACCAAUUGGACAAGGAGAAUGGGUAGUGCAUGAUGAACCAGGUGUGUACGUAACUUUGUCCUCCUUGCCAGGCGGUGGUACUGAAUUGAAACGUGUUCGCUUCAGCCGGAAACAUUUCUCAGAAGAACAAGCAUCGAAGUGGUGGGCUGAAAAUGGGACCAAAGUAUGUGAGCGACUCAAUGUACGUAGUUAAGAGAAAAAUCAUUAGAGGCUGUUUUUGUAUAGAAUUUAGAAGGCAUGUCUCAUCAUUUAGAUACAGGUUUGAAAAAGGUUUCUUCUUUUUUCUAUCCUUCAUCUGUAAAACAUGUUGAGAGACAAGUCUACUCCAACUGUUCAAGUGCUGAA